GAGGGCCCCGCCGCGCGUGACCCGGCCGCGGCCCCGAGCGCGGCGGAGGCCCCGGGCAUCCGCCUCCCCCGGCCUCCGCUUCCCCGAGCCGGGAGGGUCCCGGCCGCGCUUCCCGCCAGCCUCGGGAAACGUGGCUUUUCCGGCUGCGUGCCGCCGGAAUAAUAAUCCAUUGGAUGGAUGUACCACAGCUUGUUUAUCUUUUUACCUGUUGAAGGGUAUCUUGUCGCUUUCAGUUUGGGGCAGCUAUGAACAAAGCUUCUGUCAACAUCCCCGUGCCGAUUUUUGUGUGGACAUAGAUUUUCAGUUCAUUUGGGUAAAUACCUAGGAGUGUGAUUGCUGGAUUUUAUGGUUCACCAGCACAUGACUAACUGACAGUAGUAGCGAAGAGAACGUCAACUUACUUCUUUAUCUAAAAAGUCAUCUUUGAUAGUGGCCUGAUCAAAAGGCAAGAAGAGAAGCAAAGCACCUGAACUGCUUCAGACCGGGGCGCCCUCCCUCCACCAGCACAGCGGCAACAAGUCUUCAUGAGUGGUGAUGAAGGGGGCAUACAGGGCCCUCUUCUAUGUUUGAAGAGGUCAGGAUCACCAAGGCAUCACUGGGUACCUCUAUCAAAGGGAUCUGUAUCUGUAUCAAGAUGCUCUGAAGAAUAGCAACUACCUUUAGGAGUGUCUACUGUUACAAAAUGACUAAAGUGAAUUCUAGCAUCUUCCAUUUUUCCAUCAUCUUCAUAUUAAUACUUGAGAUCAGAACCCAAUUAUCUGAUGAAAGUGAAUUUUUAGUUGACAUAUCAAAAAAAGGUCUUACCCAUGUUCCCAAAGACCUACCCCUGAAAACAACAAUCUUAGAUAUAUCACAAAACUACAUUUCUGAGCUUCAGACUUCUGACAUCCUAUCACUAUCGAAGCUGAAGAUUUUGAUAAUUUCUCAUAAUAGAAUCCAGCAUCUUGACAUGAGUGUUUUCAAAUUCAACCAGGACCUGGAAUACUUGGAUUUGUCCCACAACGAGUUGGAGAAAAUUUCUUGCCACCCUACUCUGAACCUCAAGCACUUAGACCUCUCAUUUAAUGCAUUUGAUGUUCUGCCCAUAUGCCAAGAGUUUGCCAACAUGUCUCAGCUAGAGUUUCUGGGGUUGAGUGCCACACAGUUACAAAAAUCCAGUGUGCUGCCAGUUGCUCAUCUGCACAUCAGUAAGGUUUUACUGGUCUUGGGAGAUAAUUAUGGGGAAAAAGAAGACCCUGAGAGCCUUCAAGAGCUUAACACACAGAGUCUGCACAUUGUUUUCCCCAUAAGAAAAGAAUUCCGUUUUAGUUUGGAUGUGUCAGUCAGCACCGCAGUAAGUCUGGAGCUGUCUAAUAUCAAAUGUGUGCUCGAUGAUAAUGGAUGUACUUCUUUCCAAAAUGUUCUGUCAAAACUUCAGAAGAACUCAAGUUUAUCAAAUCUUACUUUAAACAACAUUGAAACAACUUGGAAUUCCUUCAUUACAAUCCUCCAGUUAGUUUGGCAUACAAACAUCAAGUAUUUCUCUAUUUCAAAUAUGAAACUACAAGGUCACCUUGACUUCAGAGAUUUUGACUAUUCUGACACUUCACUGAAGGCCUUAUCUAUACACCAAGUUGUCAAUGAUGCGUUCAGUCUUCCACAAGGUUAUGUCUAUAAAAUCCUUUCAAAUAUGAACAUCCAACAUCUCACAGUGUCUGCUGCACACAUGGUCCACAUGGUCUGCCCAUCCCAAAUUAGCCCAUUUCUGUAUUUGAAUUUUUCCCAUAAUCUCUUAACAGACAUGGUUUUUAAAAACUGUGCAAACUUGGCUAAUUUGAAGAUACUCAGUUUACAAAUGAAUCAGUUAGAAAAACUUGCAAAUAUAGUUCAUAUGACCAAGGAGAUGAAGUCUCUACAACAAUUGGAUGUUAGCCAGAAUUCCCUAAUGUAUGAUGAAAGUGAAGGAAAUUGCCCUUGGACCAGAAGUUUACUAAGUUUAAAUAUGUCUUCAAAUAUACUUACUGAGUCUGUUUUCAGAUGUUUACCUCCCAGGGUCAAGGUCCUUGAUCUUCACAAUAACAGAAUAAGGAGCAUCCCUAAAGAUGUCACCAGUCUAGAAACUCUGCAAGAACUCAAUGUUGCUUCUAAUUCUUUAGCCCACCUUCCUGGAUGUGGUACCUUUAGCAGCCUUUCCAUACUGAUCAUUGAGUAUAAUUCAAUUUCCAGCCCAUCAGCUGAUUUCUUCCAGAGCUGCCAGAAGAUGAGGUCCCUGAAAGCAGGGAACAAUCCAUUCCAGUGUACAUGUGAGCUAAGAGACUUUAUCCAAAGUGUAGGCCAAGUAUCAAGUGACGUGGUAGAGGGUUGGCCUGAUUCUUACACGUGUGAUUAUCCAGAAAGCUAUAAGGGAACCCCACUAAAGGACUUCCACAUAUCUCAGUUAUCCUGUAGCACAGCUCUGCUGAUUGUCACCAUUGGGGUCCCUGGGCUGGUGUUGGCUGUUACCAUGACUGUCCUCUGUAUCUACUUGGAUCUGCCCUGGUACCUCAGGAUGGUGUGUCAGUGGACCCAGACCCGGCACAGGGCUAGGAAUGUCCCCUUGGAAGAACUCCAGAGAAAUCUCCAGUUCCAUGCUUUUAUUUCUUACAGUGAACAUGAUUCUACCUGGGUGAAAAGCGAAUUAAUACCAAACCUAGAAAAAGAAGAUAUAAGAAUUUGUCUCCAUGAGAGAAACUUUGUUCCUGGCAAGAGCAUCGUGGAAAAUAUCAUAAACUGUAUUGAGAAAAGUUACAAGUCCAUCUUUGUUUUGUCUCCCAACUUUGUGCAGAGUGAGUGGUGCCAUUAUGAACUCUACUUUGCCCACCACAAUCUCUUCCAUGAAGGAUCUAAUAACUUAAUCCUGAUCUUGCUGGAACCCAUUCCACAGUAUUCCAUUCCUAGCAACUAUCACAAGCUCAAAGCUCUCAUGGCACAGAGAACUUACUUGGAAUGGCCCAAGGAGAAGAGCAAACAUGGACUUUUUUGGGCCAAUCUAAGAGCAUCCAUUAAUAUUAAGCUGUUGGAGAAAGCAAAAGAAAUAAAUUACACACAGAUCUAAAAAUAUUCCUCUGCUGCGUUUGGAAAAAUGUUGCUGCUUUUGGAAUCUCCAGCAAUGACUUUAUUUUGCAUCAACAUGGAUAUAGGGACUUCCCUGGUGGCGCAGUGGUAAAGAAUCUAAUCUGCCUGCCAGUGCAGGGCACACGGUUCGAUCCCUGGUCCGGGAAGAUCCCACAUGCCGCAGAGCAACUAAGCCCAUGUGCCACAACUACUGAGCCUGUGCUCUAGAGUCCGUGAGCCACAACUGCUGAGCCCACAUGCCGCAGCUACUGAAGCCUGGGCGCCUAGAGCCCGUGCUCCACAACAAGAGAAGCCACUGCAAUGAGAAACCAUGCAUACCCCAAGGAAGAGUAGCCCCCACUUGCCACAACUAGAGAAAGCCCAUGCACACCCACGCAGCCAAAAAUAAAAAUAAAUAAAUAGUAAAAUAAAUCUUAACAAAAAUGGACAUAAAUAUGAUUCUGAAUUUAGGCUGUAGAUGAAAAUCUGUACAUCCUUUCAGGCCCCAGUUUCCCGUGUACACGUGGUAAUAAAAGUUGAUGAGAUGACAUAAUUUCUAUUUAAACAGUUCAUUUCUCCCCCAUGAGGGAUUCACCUAUCUCUUUGCUAGGACUGAAUUCAUUGAAUUUAUCAUGUAAUCAAAAGAAGCACCUAUUCAAACAACUUCAGUGAAUAUAUGUUCCUGUGUGCCAGGGUCCAUGUUAGAAAACUCCAUACCUUUUAUACCUGCAGCUGGGUUUCUAGAGCAGAUUUCUAAAGCUAUUGGUGUCCUCCUCAUUUCCACUCAGCAUUUGCCUCUGCACGUUGAAGGCUGUUUAUUGCUAAUGCUGGAAACUCUUUGCCCGAAGGAUUUUCUUCUUGGCCAGGAGAAGCCACUUGGUCCACACAAAGGGCAAUUCAGAAGUGCUGGAGGUUGUCCUUGCAAGCAGCCAACAACUAAUGUCAGAAAGAGAAUUGGCGGGUACAUACAACUUUCUCACCUAUUUUUGGGGGGACAAACCUGGGGUAUACUUUAUAUUCUCCCUGAAUCUCCCAGUAGGAUGGAAUUCUGAUUCUCUAUGGUAGAAGUGACUUUAUUGGCUUCCUUUCUAUUUUUAUUCACAUCCUCAUUCCUCCAAGGGUGUUUCCUGAGAUCACCUCUGAGAUAAACUACUUGCAGUUGAAUACUUGUCUCAGGGUCCCAGACCAAGAGUGUGUUACAUUUCAGGCCAAAAGGAAACUGCGGCUGGAGAUCUUGCUGAGAUUCUAGUUUUCUGAACUAGCAUGCAGGAGAGCCUUUGCUCUUUUGAUCAGAAGGAGGAAUGUAGUUGAUGUUCUUCUAUACACAGCAUCCCUGUCUUUGAGGAAACUAUUAAAACAGGGCAUGAGCAGAUUGGAGCAGUGCAAGGAAUGGGCUUUAUCAGAAUUUUCCCCCCCAGCUUUAUAGCAGCUAUUUUCCAUACUCAUCAGUCAUUCCCUGUAGACUCUUUUACUCUGGUAGCCAGUUCUAGGCAGGUGUAGCCCAGCAGCACCUUGUCAUAGCUGCACGAUCUACUUCUCACUUUAUGCCCCAUGAUGUCACUAAUACCACUGUAUAGGAUGUUUGUAGAAAACUACAUUAUAUACUAUAACUCCAUGAUUACACUCAAGUCUGACUUUUAGUUGCUGCCAUUCUGCCAAGUCCUUGUCCCUCUCUCCUGUGUUAGAUUUAUUAGAUUGUCCAUUUCCUGGAAUGCAUGGCAUCUUCUUUCUUGGUUUUCACCUGUUGUAGUGGAACACAUCUUCCCAUAGUUUCCUAAGAAUGAGUGAUUUGAUGGUUAAUUUGGAGCAAGAGCUUAAAUGUCCUGCCUCAUAUUUGGUUGAUUGUUGGGCUGGGUCUAAAUUUCUAAGUUGCAAAUAAUUUCCUCGCAUAAUUUUGGAGAUUUUUCUAUUUUCUAGCUUCUAAUAUUGUAUUGAGAAGUGCAAUGCCAUUUUGAUUUCUGAUUCUUUGCAUUAUACGUGAUUGAGUUUCUCUAUAACGCUAAGCAACUCACUAAUAAAGCUAUAACAAUAACCAGCCCCUGAAUGAGAAAUCCAGACUUUCCUCUUCCCUUCUCUACUCUGUCCCUUUGCCACUCCCUCGUUUAACCUAUAUAUUUUAUUUUCUCCCUUCUUUUUGUCUCCAUUCCUUUCCUGUCCCUUGCCUUCCAUCCUCAUUUUCUCCAUUUUGCUGGUCCCCAUUCUUUCUCCCAGCUCUUUGAUUUGCCCCUUUUAAUCUGCUAUCCUUCUGGCUUUUCCAAACCUUCUAUUUUUCUCUCUUUUCCUCUUUAAUCUUUCUUUAGUCUUUGCUUAUCCUCUGUCUUCUCUCCGCAUUCCAAAAUAGAUAUCUAUAUAGAUAUCUAUACAGAUUUUUUUUUUCCUUUCUUGCCCCUAAAGCCUUUGGGAUAAUUUGUGAGGACACAAGUCCUGAUCGAUGUUUCUACAACAGGAUCAUCUGCAGAGUGAACAGGGUCAGCUGAGAAAGGGAGUAGGAGCUGGAAUCAGGGAGGUGAGGAAAUGAGAAAUAGCAAUAUUUGGCAUUACUGGCAAAUAUUAUGUGGUGAAUUAGAGUUCCAGUUGUUGGUUAAUUGUAGGAUGGCCAUUUAUUAACUUAAGACUCUAGCCCUAUCUGUUCAAUAUUGUAGCCACUAGCCAUGUGUGCCUAUUGAAUUCUUAAAAUGUGGCAAAUCUGAAUUGAAAUGUGCUGUAAGUGUAAAAUACACAUCAGAUUUCUAAGACAUUCUAUGAAAAAGGAAUGUAAACUAUCUUGUUAGUAGUUUUUUUUUAAUAUUACAUGUGAACAUUUUGAUAUAAUGGAUUAAAUAAAACAUAUA